AUGCCUUCCAAUACCGCACCACAGAUCAUUGACAUUCGCCAAGAUGGUGGAGGACUUACGCCGCUAGUCCCUCAGAUUAGGGAAGGUCUUAAUGCAAGAGAUGGACAGGAAAAGAAGCUACCGACGCUGUUGCUGUACAGCGAAGAUGGACUGAAGCUUUUCGAGAAGAUCACAUACCUAGACGAGUACUAUCCUACGGGGCAGGAGAUUGAGGUUCUAGAAGCAUACGCCGAUCGCAUCGCCGACCGUAUUGCUCUCGAGUCGAACUCUAUGCUGGUAGAGUUGGGCAGCGGCAAUCUUCGUAAAGUCCGUAUCCUCCUAGACGCUCUCGAUCGCAAAGGCAAGGACGUGUCCUACUACGCCUUGGAUGUCUCAGAGGUAGAACUCGAACGCACGUUGGCCGAAGUCCCACAGGGCACCUUCAAGCAUGUUCAAUGCCAUGGUCUCCUAGGAACAUAUGAUGAGGGUCUCGACUGGCUCAAGAAGUCAGAGAAUGCUCACCGAUCAAAAACAAUUCUGUCCCUUGGCUCAAGUAUCGGAAACUUCUCCAGGGACGAGGCUGCCAAGUUCCUCUCGCAAUUCGCGGAGACAUUGGACCCAAACGACACGCUGCUGCUCGGCGUUGAUGCCUGCACUGACGCAAACAAGGUCUAUCACGCCUACAAUGAUCGUGAAGGCCUGACGCAUGAAUUCAUCCUUGCUGGCUUGACACAAGCGAACAAGUUGUUAGGCUACGAUGCCUUUGACGUUAGCAAAUGGGAGGUCAUCGGAAGAUACAACAAGGAGACCGACCGUCACGAAGCCUUUGUCUCGCCCAAGGUAGAUGUGACUAUCGAGGGCGCUCUCAUCCGUGCUGGCGAGCAGGUCAGAAUUGAGGAGAGCUACAAGUACAACGCAGUCCAAGGCGAGAAACUCUGGUCUGAUGCUGGUUUGACCGAAGGUGCCAAGUGGACCAACUCUACUGGGGAUUAUGGACUGCACUUACUCAACAAACCUAAGGUCCAAUAUCCUUUGGUCCCCGAUAAAUAUGCUGCUCAGCCCGUCCCUUCGCUCGAAGAGUGGAACCAACUCUGGGCUGCCUGGGACGCCGUCACUUUGGAGAUGAUUCCCGAGGAAGAGCUGCUUGAGAAGCCUAUUAAGCUUCGCAAUGCCUGCAUCUUCUACCUUGGCCAUAUCCCUACUUUUAUGGAUAUUCAUCUCACACGCGCAACCAACGGAAAGCCCACAGAGCCCAGCUCUUAUCCGAGCAUCUUCGAGCGAGGAAUUGACCCUGAUGUGGAUGAUCCUGAGCAGUGCCAUUCACACAGUGAGAUCCCCGACUCAUGGCCACCAGCACCCGAAAUUCUAGACUUCCAGUCAAGAGUGCGAGUUAGAGUCAACAAGCUGUACGCCUCAGGACAAGCGAUCAAUGACCGCGCCGUCUCAAGAGCUCUUUGGCUGUCAUACGAGCACGAGGUUAUGCAUCUCGAGACGCUGUUAUACAUGCUCAUCCAGAGUGAGAAGACCAUGGCACCACCUACAACCGUGAUGCCUGACUUUGAGGCUUUGGCUGUUCAAGCAAGACAAGGGGCUGUCGAAAACCAGUGGUUUGACAUUCCAGCACAAGAGGUCGAGAUUGGCAUCGAAGAUCCUGAUGACAACUCUGGCCCUGAACACUUCUUCGGAUGGGAUAACGAGAAGCCCAAACGUACUGUUCGAGUAUCAGCAUUCAAGGCCCAAGGAAGACCUAUCACCAAUGGCGAAUAUGCCAAGUACAUGGAAGAGAAGAACAUCGAUGCUCUUCCUGCGUCUUGGCAGACUCUUCCUUAUGCUAACGGUGCAGAGACAAAUGGUCACGCAAGUGGCCUCUCUUCGUCUUUCCUUCAAGGCAAAGCAGUACGUACUGUGUACGGACCGAUCUCUCUGAAGCUGGCUCUAGACUGGCCUGUCUGCGCGUCAUACGACGAGAUCGCCGGUUGUGCUCGCUGGAUGGGUGGCCGCAUACCGACAAUGGAAGAGGCUCGAAGCAUCUACAGACAUGUUGAUGAGGCAAAGACCCUGCAAGCUCACGAGUCGCUUGGAGCUAACAUUCCUGCUGUUAACGCGCAUCUCGUCAAUGAUGGCGUAGAGGAGUCGCCACCAUCCAAGACCUCACCUUGGAGCUCGACUGGUCCAAACCCGAGUGACCUGUUCGUAGACUUGCUUGGAGCUAACGUUGGCUUCCGACACUGGCACCCCAUGCCUGUUUCGCAGAACGGAAACAAGCUUGCUGGUCAAUCGGAGAUGGGAGGUGUCUGGGAGUGGACCAGCAGCGUGUUGAGCAAACACGAGGGCUUUGAGGCCAUGCCCCUCUAUCCAGGUUACACAGCCGAUUUCUUCGAUGACAAGCAUAAUGUCGUGCUUGGUGGGUCAUGGGCAACGCACCCGCGCAUUGCAGGACGCAAGAGCUUUGUAAACUGGUACCAACGUAACUAUCCCUUCGUCUGGGCGGGAGCCCGCAUGGUGAGGGAUGCGUAG